AUGACAGAUGAGGAAAGUGGAAGAUGUGCUUAUGCUUCCAUCACUAAGGCCUCCAUCAUUCAUAUGUCCAGUACUCACGCUUUUGACACUAGUACCUCCGUCAUUCGCAUCUCCAGCAAUGAUGCCGCCAACACUCACACCUGCACCUCCAACGUUCACCCUCACAACACUUACACUCCCAACACCCACAUAUCCAACACUCGCGCUCCCAACACCUACACCACCACACCUCCAACACUCGCUCCCCCCAACACCCACACCUCUACACCUCCAACACUAACGCCCCCAACACCCACAACUUCAACACCAACGCCGCAUCUCCAACACUCACACCUCCAGCACUCACGCCCCCAACACCCACACCUCCAACACCAACAGGGCAUCUCCAACACUCACAUCUCCAGCACUCACGCCCCCAACACCCACACAUCCAACACCAACACGGCAUCUCCAACACUCACAUCUCCAGCACUCACGCCCCCAACACCCACACAUCCAACACCAACACGGCAUCUCCAACACUCACACUUGCCUGAACCCCUGCGACCCCACGGGAGACUAGAGUGCGAUGAGUCGAGAGGUCUUCGAGACGGAGGUUGA